GGAAAGCAGUUGUAAGACAGGUGCCCUCGGUUCAUUCUCGGCGAGGGGCAGCAGUUGCCUGUGUGAGAGCGAGUGGGAAGCGUGUGUGGAUUUCUUUUUUACUUGAUUUCUUUCUCCUUUUUUCUUUUUUUUUUUUUUUUUUUUUGUUAUUUUCCGGGGCCGUCAUUCAGUGGCUGGAUGGCGUGGGACAGGUGUAACCAGGACUCGGUGUGGAGAGAAUUAGAGUGUGCUGCCUUGGUUGGCGAAGACCAGCCCCUCUGCCCAGACCUCCCCGAACUUGACCUCUCAGAGCUGGAUGUCAGUGACUUAGACGCAGACAGCUUCCUGGGUGGCCUCAAAUGGUACAGCGACCAAUCAGAGAUCAUUUCCACUCAGUAUGGCAACGAGGCGUCCAAUCUUUUUGAGAAGAUAGAUGAAGAAAAUGAGGCCAACUUGCUGGCAGUGCUUACAGAGACACUGGACAGCAUCCCGGUGGAUGAGGACGGAUUGCCUUCGUUUGAGGCCCUGGCAGAUGGGGACGUGACCAAUGCCAGUGACCGAAGCUGUCCCUCCUCCCCCGACGGCUCGCCGCGCACCCCAGAGCCUGAGGAGCCUUCCCUGCUGAAGAAGCUCCUUCUGGCACCCGCAAACUCCCAGCUCAGCUAUAAUCAAUACACAGGUGGCAAGGCACAGAACCAUGCAGCCAGCAGCAACCACCGGAUCAGACCACCACCUGCCGUCGUCAAGAUGGAGAGCCCCUGGAAUGGCAAAGCAAAAGGGGGCUCCAGCCAACAGAACCGCCCGGUGAGGCGGCCGUGCACUGAGCUGCUGAAAUACCUAACAGCCACAGAUGACAUCCUGCUCCACACCAAAGCCAGCGACGCCAAGAGCACCUGGGGAGGUGCCGGUAGCAGAGAGAAGAGUAGCCUGGGUCUUGGCGCCUCAUCCUCUUCCUCGUCGCCAUCCUCGUCCUCUACCUCCUCGUUCUCCUCCCUCUCCUCCACCUCUUCCUCCUCCUCCACCACCUGCAAGAAGAAGUCAGCCGUACCAUCUCAACAGCAGCAGCAGCAGCCGCAGCAGCAGCAGCAGCCGCAGCAGCAUCACCAGCGAGGUGAGAGCCGGGCUGCAGGCGAGUGUAGUGUUGGGGCUGGGAAGUGGCAGCGUUGCUCUCACGAUGACGGGGUGGAGGAGUCAGAGGGUGCUUCUAUCCCUGUCAGCCACAGAACCUCCACCUGCGGCCAUGCCCGCCCCAAACUGGAGCACGGGCCGCCCAGUGAAGAAGGAAGGCCGCCAGGCGAUGCGAGCCGCCUGGCCGCCGCUAGGUUUAUUAGGUAUAUGCAUUCUUAUUCCCUCCCUCCCCGAGAGGUGAGUCACAGCUGUGAGCAUUGCCGAGAGGCUGCGGGCGCCACUCAGGCUAGCGAGGGCUUUGGCAGGCAUGGCCGUAGUAAUAGUAGUAGUGCCCGCCGUGCACCCCGUAGGCACAUCACAGUGACUAUUAGAAAAAGGGAAGAGAAGCUGGGCCACCCCUUACUUAGCCAGCUGCUCACCUCCAAACAGAGGCCCGCUCAAUAUCGAGCCCACUUACCCCCACUUAAGAUCCCCCCUUUACCCAGCACCCACAGCAAAUCAGCAGGUAAGAGGUCUGAGAGCCCUGUCCAUGCUGAUUUAAAGGUGGAGGAGGAACAGUUUGGAGGGACCCCUGAUUGUAGAAACCAGGCAGUUAGUCAAGUUGAACAGCCUGACUUGGGGUCCCUGUUGUCGCCUCUCGCCUUCGACUUAAAGAGCUGGGUUAGCCAGCCUGGCUCAGAACUAGACAUGGGCUUUGGACUAGAUCUGGGGUGGCUAAACCAUGGGGAGGAUCUUGACCAUGAUGAUGAUGAUGAUGUUGAUGAUGAUGAUGACCAUGUCACGGGCAGCCCCGCAGCGGCGCUCUCACUGAGCCCACCAAGCCCACUCUUCCCAGAUACUAGAAUUGCAGAGCGCGCCCCUGCCCGCAUCACACAAGGGCAAGGGCACCCACACAUGCAGGCACUGAGCGAGCACCCCGACGACCAGGGCCACCCGUUGUUAGCCAAACCAACCACCUUGCCACUUCCUUUGACCCCAGAGUCUCCAAAUGACCACAAGGGAUCACCGUUUGAGAACAAAACCAUUGAACGCACAUUAAGUGUGGAGAUUGCUGGAACCCCAGGUCUGACACCACCUACCACGCCCCCACACAAAGCCAGUCAAGAGAAUCUUUUCAAAGCAUCGCUCAAAACCAAGUUGUCUUCAUGUUCCUCCUCGGCCUUGGUGUGCAAAAGAGCAAGGCUGAGCGAGUCGGGCCCCGGCGCUCUGGCCCCGGCCCCAGGUGCCUCAGGCGGGGGCCCCACAAGAAAGGGCCCCGAACAGACUGAGCUUUAUGCCCAGCUGAGCAAAGCGUCCCCCGCCCUCCCUUACACCCAGCACACAGCGGGGUGUGGCCUCGAGGAGCAUCGUGGCGCUGGCAACAAUAAGCGGGCAGUGCCGCGCGGUUACAGUGACCAUGACUAUUGCCAGGCGUUGGCUGGCGCUAAGAAGGACGGCAGCACAGCCACUGUUACCAUGACGACAGCAGCAGAAAUAACCACCGCUGCUCCUUUGCCUUUUGCUGGCAAAGCAGAGGACAGGCAUGUCGAAUGUAAGGACUCAGCCAUGCCAGCGUCCUCCUUAUCAUCCUCAUCUUCAUCUUCUCCAUUAUCAGCUCCAUGUGGUCCUCUGGAUAAGCAGAAGAACUUCACCUCUGUGGGUGAUAAAGAAGCAGUCCAGGUCCAUGAAGACACCACAGAUGGGGACCAACUACACCUCUCUGCCAUCAGCCGGAAGCUUCUGUGCGAUCAGGAAAUCAGAGCAGAACUCAAUAAGCACUUUGGACCCCCCUUAAAAGCCCUUUACAGCCCGGGUAGCAAGGAGAGAGAACCAGGUAGCAAACCCAAUAAAGCUGCGGUCAAUCAGCCCCCCAAGGCGGGAGAGGAUGGCUACUACUCCCAAAGGCUGCCUGGCUCCACCUACCUGCACCCGGGAUUCCUCCCCUUACAAGAAGAGCUCGAGCUCGGCGAGGGCCGUGAGAGUCGCUUCCUAUAUCCAUGGGAGGGCACUCCACUGGACCUACUCUUUGACUGCCCCCCAUGCUCUCCCUCCUGCUCCCCACCAUCCAGCUGCUCCCCCUCACGAGGCUCCGUCUCCCCUCCGUCCUCCCUACUCCUCUCGCCGGGCAGGCCUUUCUCCUGGACAGGCAGCGGCUCACGCUCCCGUUCCCGUUCCCACUCCGGCUCUCGCAGCUCCUCCUCGCACCACCGGAGGCGAUCCCUCUCCAGCUCACCCGACAGACACCCCUCCUCCUGGUCCCGUCACAACACAGAUUUGAGCACUAUUCGUUCCAGGACUCAGAAGAACCCCAACCCUCAGUCUCGAUCUCCUCUCAGCCGCAGGCCAAGGUAUGACAGCUAUGAGGAAUACCAGCAUGAGAAGCUGAAGAGGGAGGAGUACCGGCGGGACUACGAGAAGCGGGAGUUUGAACGGGCCGAGCAGCGAGAGAAGCAAAAGCAAAAAGCAAUAGAGGAGAGACGGGUGGUGUACGUGGGGCGACUGAGGUCCGACUGCACCCGGACAGAGUUGAAGCGUCGCUUUGAAGUCUUUGGCGAGAUUGAAGAAUGUGCAGUGAACUUGAGGGACGAUGGGGACAAUUUUGGCUUCAUCACGUACCGCUACACUUGUGACGCCUUUGCCGCCCUUGAGAACGGACACACCUUACGCAGGUCAAACGAGCCUCAGUUCGAGCUGUGUUUCGGCGGGCAGAAGCAGUUCUGCAAAUCACAUUACACAGACUUAGACUCCCACUCAGACGACUUUGAUCCAGCCUCCACAAAAAGCAAGUAUGACUCCAUGGAUUUUGACAGCUUGCUGAGGGAGGCCCAGCGCAGCCUGAGAAGGUAACCAGUUCAGUGGCACCUGCUGUCACAAAGAGGGACUUCUGAUACCUCACUGUUUGUUUCUCGCUCCUUUGACGACGAGACUACCACAAGUUUUACACUCUAUGUCAUAGAGUAUAGAAGAAUAAGUCUAUAGACCUAUAUCAAUAUAAAUGAAUAUAUCAAAAAUAAAGUUUACAUGAACAUAGCUGCUGGAGAGACGGGAAGAGACAAUGCAUUGUGGGAAAAGCCAGUGAACCCUCAGAACCUGGUGCACAGGUUUACUGCUGUACAACCAUCAAUGAAAGAAGAAAAAGAUAAACUUUCGUGACUUUUUUGUUGUUGUCUCCAAGCACUACAAUACCCACAAUUCUUUGGGAGUGACGACAUGCAGCUUGUUCAGCCAGAUUUCGUUCUUUUGCUCUUUUUGAUUCUUCUUUUUUUCUUUGAAAAUCUGGUGUUUGGAUCUAGUGUUACAUUACAAACCAGAGUAUAGGGAAUUGUAUCUUGGAGGUCAACUUCUCCAGGUAACAUUGUUGUCUACAUUUUAAAGAGAAAUGCAGCUGUGUAUUUACUAAUACUAUAAAAAGGAAUAUUUUUAUUUUAUGUACAUAUCGGAUAAAGUUCUUUAUUUGUUACAGCUAUGCACUGUAAAAUGCAGCCUUUUUUUAAAAUGAAGAGAAAAUUUCUUAAUUCAGAAUGUCGCUCUGUAGUACUUACAAUACUGUCAAACAUAUUGUACACCUACACGAUGUUUAGGAGACAUGACAUGAUUGUAAAAAAGAGAAAAAAAUAAGCGUCCUAUUGCUCAUUUUGAGGGAGCAUGUGAACAAAACGUCCUUUUUUAAGUUAUUUUGUUGGGGAAAAAAAACAGUCUACCAUGUAUAGUUUUAUCUGUUUAUAAAGUUUUUCUCAAUCAGUGUUUUUGCUUAUACAACCAGUGUAAAUGCAUUUUUAAUGUGUUUUUCAUGAUUGUAAAAAAAAAGGUACCCCAUUUUUUAUUAAUUCUUUCUGAAGCAAUCAGUAUAUAUAUGUAGAUGUGUAUCUAUACAUAUAUAUAAACUUGGUUUGAUUUUAUUGCUUUAUAUGAUUACUGAAAGAAACGACUGCAUUCAACUCUUUUCAAUCAGAACAAACACAUAUUUAUCUAUUUAUUUUAAUAUUUGAAUCAAGACUAUUUAUGGGCUCCAUUCAACAUGGCGUACCUCAUGAAAUGUAUUUUUCUGUUCAUGUCGUCUUUCGAUUUGUGUUAUUUAACUCUCAAUCACUAGACAGGGUGUACAAAACAUGCUUUGGUGGGGAUAAUAAUAUUACCUUCUAUGCCUUUCCAAAACAAUCGAAACAUUCAGCUGAUCACUCCAGACGUACUCGUUUAUUUUUUUAGUCUCCACUAUCGUCAGUCACAUCCGGUUUUUUCUUUCCACACAGAACAUGAAGCAAUAAAAUGAUUUAGCAGGAUUUUUUUGAUACCACUGUAAACACUUGUUGUCAUCGCUCCACUCACGCUUGAUUAUGUGAAUGCCAAACAAAAAGUUUACAAUUUCCUUUUCCUGACUUUUUUAAAAGAUCUUGUAUUUGAUGUACAAUAUAAAUAUAUAUACAAUGAUGAUACUACUAAUAUUAUUCACAAUAAUUACAAGAUGAUUAAUUACAAUAACAAUGAUAAUAAUAUAAAUGAAAGAAAAAUAUAUAAAAAGCAAUAAAUUAUUUUUCAGAGUUGUAUUUUAGCUCCUAUUGUUGUGUGGUUUUUGGACGUGACCCAUUACCCAGCCGCUGCUAGCUAGCUAGCUAGUGUGGAUGACUCCAUUCCAGUAUGUUGGUAUUACAUCAUUGUGACAUCACCAUGUGCGGUUAAGAAAAAAACAAACACUAGAUUGUCCUCGCUCUCACUUCCUGGUCAUCCCUUUAAGAUGUAAUUGAGUCUAUGUGAUUGUAAUGCACGCAUUACUUUGUGACAUCUGUGCAAAAAAAAAAAAAAAACCCUGACUCUUAACUCCACCGUGUGUGUAAAAUGUGUCGAGUUGAAACUGUGUUGUGUAGAUGCAUGGCUUGUCCAGGACGACAGUCGGUACCGUAUAUUCCACUCUGGAUAUCUGCCUCUCAGCUGUCUUUACUGGCAGAUUUUAAAUGACAUUCUAUAAGCCUAGAGAAAACUACUCAACAAUGUAUCGCAUGCCGCACCAAUCUCCAUCACGUACCCUCCCCCCCCACCCACACCCACCACACCCACCCCCACCCACCCCCACCACUCACAGUCCAGAUAUCACAGCCGCCGCCGCUGCUACAUGACAUAAAAGGUAACCUUGCGGUUUCUGGUUCAAUUAAUAUCCCGUUUCUAGCGUGCGCCAAGUAAUGAGAGAACCAGCUUCCAUCACAGGAAGGGUGAACAAAAAAAAAAAAAAAACCUUUUGUAUGAAAGCUUUUGCUGAUCACAGCCUUCCUUUCAUGGAGUUUGACAAGAAAAUGGCUAAUUUUUAUGAUGCAAAGAGACAAAAAUUGGUGGAGGGAAGGAUGAAAAAACCCUUUACCUGUGUUUUGAGACAUUGUUUCACUUUUUUGCUGUCUGUAUAGCGUAUGGGUAAUGGUGUCGUGUCCCAUUUGAUAGAUGUGGCUUUAAUCAUUGUAACAAAAAAAAAAUGCUUUGUAAAUUGCCUAGAGUAG